GUCAUGUGAGGAACCUUCCAUGGAGUGCCGGUAUGUCCAGAUGUGUGACGUCAGCAGCUCCUGCCGCUCAGCUCUGCCUACGUGUGUGUAUAAAGACCCAAAGUUCCAAGUGUCAAACCCUUGUCCUCGGGGUCACCCAGUACUGAGUUUGCGCGGAGACGACUUCCUGUGCACCGGUGACAAAGAUUGUCCAAUGGGAUUCGAGUGUGGGGCUGGAGUUUGUUGUCUGCCGGAGCUGCAAAAUGAGCCCACAGGCUGCUCCUCACUAGGCAAAAGUCAAGGGUCACACGGUCACAUAGAACUCUGCAUGGAUGAAUGUCUCGUCCACGAUCACUGUCUGAAUCACGAGCUGUGCUGUUCCAGAGGCUGCAGUAGGAAAUGUAUCGCUACCAAUGACACAGCACUAGUCCAGCUGCCUUCCAUUCCAAAUUCCGUGGGAGGGGCUACAGACAACGAGACACCGCCCAGUCCAAACCAAUACAUCAGAACUGGUCCCACUCCCUUCAACAUCGCAGACGCCAGCGCACCUGACGAUGACUUCGAAAUCCCGCCCCUUGAGCCGUCAGGGGGCGGGGCGUACACGGAUGACGUCACAGGUAUCAAAAUUUCAGAGAGCGUGGCUGACACCCUGGAACUAAGUGUCUAUAUUAUAAUCAAAUAAUCACUGAUUCCCUUCAGUUACAUGGGAACAUCGUUGCCGUCAAAUACACACAUAGGCAACGUUGCCUUGUAAAUUCUAGUAAUAUAUGAGCCAAAUGCCCAACACCCAAAGCUGUUUCAUUGCAUCAAAGCA